AUGUCGCCCUCCGCCAUUCACACCAAGGUCACCCCGCCAUACCAGAGACCCAAUCUGUACAUCCACGGCAUCGGGGUAGAGUACCCUCCGUAUGAAAUCAAGCCCGACCAUCUGGCCACUCUGGCAAGGCGCUUUUAUCCCAGUACCCCAGCCCUCGAAAAGGUGCUGCGGAUCAACGAGUAUACUGGGAUUGACUCUCGUUCGGCCAUCGGCAACAUUGACCAUCCCAUUGCGAAUGCGCCCGAGCCUCCCACCAUAGCCGAGCUGUGCGAUCUGUUUCUCGAUCAUGGCGUGAACCUGUCCAUAGAGGCUUGCCGCAAGGCCCUGAAGCAGUGGGGAGGAGACCUGUCCGAAAUCACUCAUGUCGUUGCCACCACCUGCACCAACUCGGCCAAUCCAGGCUAUGACCAUUAUGUCAUCAAGGGGCUGGGUCUCAAUCCCAGCAUAGAGAAAGUCCUCCUGCACGGAGUGGGCUGUUCUGGCGGCCUCGGCGCCUUACGCACGGCCGCCAACAUCGCGCUUGGCUCCAGCUUCCGACGAAAGCCUGCGCGCAUCUUGGUCUUUGCUUGCGAAAUAUCAAGCACCCUGGUGAGAUCGGAGCUGGACUCGAUCCACCAGCAUCAGGAGGUCAGAAUAGGCGUCACCUUGUUCAGUGACUGCGCCUCCGCGGUCGUCCUCGGAAAUGGAUUCAGCGACCGCUAUGACGAGGAACCCCUGCUAGAGCUCUUAGGUUGGGACCAUAAGAUCAUCGAGGACACAGAAAAGGAUCUGGGAUUUGACGUUGACCCCGUUGGGUGGAAAGUGGUCUUGACCCCGCGAGUUCCCAAGCUGGCAUCAGCCGCAGUACCUGCCAUGUUUGACGACCUGGUAGGAUCGAUCCCAGAGCUCGUCGACCUCGGAAAAUUCAAGGCCUCGGACUAUGACUGGGCACUUCACCCUGGUGGUUCCACGGUUAUCACGGGAGUGGAACGGGCGAUGAACCUGACCCCCGAGCUUCUCCGCGCCAGCUAUGAGGUUUACAUCACUCACGGCAAUAGUUCUAGCGCCACCUUCUUCAGCGUCUUGAAUCGACUGCUCGAGGGUGAAACGACAGACCACAUCGUGGGGUGUGCCUUCGGCCCCGGGAUUGCUGUCGAGAUGAUGGUGCUCAAAAGAAUCCACCAAGGCUCCGACCCAGGGACGGAAAGCCCAACGGAGACUUUGGUGGCCGAGGAUGUUGACUGA